AUGGCUGGCAUCAGCAAAGAAGCCUGCAAUAUUGAUGCGCCUGACCUCCUUUCACCGGGCUUAGCAUUUAUGGUGAAGGGAUGGAAUCGUUGCAUAUCAUUCCUUGGUGUUUGUCUGGCAGCCUUCCAAGAUGAUUCCCUGCUCCAGGCCAUUCCAAACAACGUCAAGCAGACCUUUGGGGCCAUCUACGCAACGGUGACCACAGCGGACCUCACACAGAUCAUCAACACCAACCGAGGUGUGAGCCUCACGUCAUCGAUCCGGCGCAGACCAAACGCCUUCAACUUGGUACACCAGCUUGAAAUGAUGGUUCGUGGAGGACUCUCACCUGAGCACACAGUUCAGAGCUUGGAGGCCAACGAAGCCAUCGCAAGCCACAUUGCGGCAUACUCAUUGGGGAAACAAGAAAGCACUGCUGCGAUCAAUUUGCUUCAGAAAAUACCGGGGGAGAUCAAGGAAUCUUUAACGUUGCUAGUGAGGUUUGAAUUGCGGCACGGGGAUGCCGAUUUGCAGGCAUUGCUGGAACAUUCAGUUCCUCCUGCAUCACUUUCAAAAGUGAGCAUCUUUGCCAACCAUAUCCAGCGCUACCACAACCAGGCACCACCUAGGCACCCAAACCCCUAG